GUUCCACAGAAAUGAUAUGGUCUUUGGUCAGACAGCUGUUUUCCGUUGACUUGACAACUUGACAUUGACAAUUAUUUGUAUUCGAAUUUCGAAUGAACGAAAACUGUGGCAAUAAAAAGUUGAAUUGAAAGUAGAAAAAAUGUUUUUAUCUACACAAUCCAUUCGUCCUUUCGUACAGAAUGAAAAUCCAUCAGACAACACAGGUUUUAAAAAACCUGGAGCAACCAAAUCGGGAGGACUGAGUCUUAGGACCCCAUUCAAAGAUCGUUCGGUCAAUAGUGUUUCACCUACCUCUAAAUACAAUAGUAAAGUACAGAUGCAAAAAAAGGCGGAGCAACCUUUUGUCAAAAAUGUGAAAUGUGCAACUGCAAUGAAGUUCCAACAAAAGGAAGAAGCAAAUGAUAUCUAUAUGGAUGAUUUUGCUUCUUACAAAGAAUUAACAGAUGAAUAUGCAGAUAUCUUUCCAUCCAAACGCCUUGAUAUAUUGAAAUUUCUACGUAACUAUGUAUCAGGAGGUAUAUCUCCAAAAUAUAUACCUGAGGAUGAUGAAAUGGAUGAUCUUAUGGAACUACCAGUUUCAAAUUUUGAUAUAAAUUGCCCACCAAUUCCUUCUCCAGUUGAUUUGCAGGAUGUACCUCUACCUGUGUUCCAUUUUUGAAAGUUUCACAAAAAAUAGUAAUAAAUACCCAAAUCAAAUAUUUUGUGCUUAUAUGGAUUAAUAAAUUUUUUCUGUUAUAA